GACACGAACAGGUUUAUAUGGAAACACAACUGUCCGACGGAGCUCGGGCUUUCCUCCUGGCUAAAUCCACCAGGCUGCCAGCCAGGAGACAGCUCCCCAAGAUCAGGUACGGUAAUGCUUGCCCACAGUCAGAGGAGUGAGGUGAUCUCCCUCAAUGCUGUUAAUAACAUGUCAGUUGUCACAGCACACACUAUUUACCUGACCUGUGUAGAGUCCGAAUCACCCAGUGAAGCCCGUCUCAGCUGGUCAUUGAGGUGGACGUGCAGACCAUCACCCUCUACGUCCAGCGCCUCUAUGGCUUCCGCUGCAACUGUUCCAGCAUCUCCUACAAGACGUGGCCUGGCACUGCACAACCUGACAAAGACUGUAGCAGACAGGAAGCUUCUGUUUGAAACCCGCCAAAAAUCUGCUUAUAUUCGCCGUCUAUACUUGAUGAUUCCCUAACUGAACCAGAUGAGGAUUUUUAUGUGAAUUCUAAAUAACAGCGUGCGUAUUCUCAGUGCCACAACGCUCAGCCUCGCAUUGUGUCUCAAAAUAGUGUCACUACAGUUACUAUCCAUUCUAAUAACGUGUUUGCAAGAUUUUUGAGUAUAGGGCCAGCAAUAAUACACACUUCUGAAGACAGUCAGGAGGGAGCGCCCCAACAGAAAUCAGAGCCUAUGCAGGACUCAAAUCCCCAGCGGUGGAUGAAGCCCAGUUUCAUCAGGAGCAUAGUGGCACAUGGGCCUUGGAAGGGGAGGACUUUGCCUUAGAGACCUAUCUUGUCACAUUGUUUGAGGGACAGGACGAGGUGGAGGUCGGUGUCCUCAUACUGAAUGAUCAGGAGCCAGAGGGGGAUUGAUCUUCAGAAUGGUAUAGUCGGCUUAGUUUGAGCACUCAGUUGGGUCAGAUUCUGGAUGAGGACUCAGAGACAGCAACACUCUUUCUACAGAGACAGGAAAACAGUUUUCUCAGUUCUCAGUAAUGGAGUAAAUCUGACCAGAGAGCUGCAGCAGACCUCGGAUACAUCCAUCUGCAGGAAAGGAGAAGUACUCUGUGCCCUCAGUUUGGAGGUCCGGCCAGACGUGGACCCAGAGUAUGAUGAUAGCUUCCUGGUGGAAGUCUAUAAAAUGGUCGAGGGUGCCACCAUAAACCAGACUGCCUGUUUUGCCAAUGUCACCAGGCUAGAGAGUGAUGACCCACGGGGGCUGGUGUACUUCGCGCAGGGCUCCAGACUACCCAUAGUAACCCUCAAAGCCACAAGCAUCAGUCUUCAGGUCUACAGGGAUCCUAGUACAGCAUCAGCUAUCUCUGUGAAGUACUGCAUGCAGGAGUUUCAGAAAGCAGAGUUUUUUGGACCCACUCUGAUCUGGCCUGCCGUGGCAGUUCAGGACUUUGUCAUGGCAGAGGGCACGCUGACUUUUGAGACUGGAGAGAAAAGUGCUGGUCUGGACGUGGCCCUCACACCGAACAGCGGUUCCUCCAACCCAACACCCAAACGGUUCUGCGUUGCUCUCUCUGAUGCCACUGAAGGUGCACGGGUUCACCCAGAAUUCGGUGUGGCUAACAUCAGCCUGGUUUCGGACUCAGGCAGUGUGGGUCCUACAGGACAAGUUACAUAAAUAAAAUUUUUACAUAAAAAAAAUAAAAUAAAUAACAAAAUCCUUUUGAGGAUGCUCUCAGAAGGAAAGUUGAUUAAAUAAUUGCUUCACUCUAUUUUAGGAUUGAGCACUUUGAGCUAAUAAAAAUAAUUAAAAUCGUAAGUCAAUUUAAGAAACAACAACAACAAAAAAUAGUAAUAAAACAUUCCUAUUUAGGUAGCAAGGUAAGAAUGUCAAGGUUGUGGACCAAGAAGGUAUAAAAUAACAUUUUAUUGCACUUUAAUAUGUAGACUAACAUGUAUACUAAAAA